AUGGCUGAUUUGUGGGAUGGGAGUGGUGGUAAUGGUAAUACAGAUAAUGAAACUGACGAUAAUGAAGAUGACGAUGAUGAUGAUGAUGAUGAUGAUGAUGAUGAUGAUGAUGAUGAU